AUGUCACCUAGUUUGGGUCCGGCAUCUUCAAGUGCUGGUGCUCCUCCUCCUCCUCCACCACCACCCGCUCCUCCAUUGCCAUGUGCCCCUCCUCCUCCUCCUCCACUACCUGAAGGUGCAGCUCCUCCUUUACCUGGAGGGCUACCACCACCACCACCUCCUCCUCCUCCUAUGUUUGGUGGUCCACCACUGCCCCCACCUCCUCCUUUUGGGGGGAUACCUUCUGUAGUAACCGCGCCAGUGCUGCCUUUUGGGAUGAAGCCAAAGAAGAAAUACAACCCAGAUGUAACUAUGAAGAGAAUCAACUGGGCCAAGGUUGAACCACAUGAAAUACAAGAACACUGUUUUUGGGUAAAAGCUAAGGAUGAAAAAUUUGAAAAUCCGGAUCUGUUUGCCAAAUUGGCACUCACUUUUGCCACACAGAUGAAGGAGAUAGAAGAUACAGACUUUAAAACCUUACAGAGUACUCUAAAAUAUGAAGAGGCGCUGGUGCUAGACAGUGAAAUUUUUACAGCGCUCCUCCAUCGCGUGUGUCCGAAGGCCUUUAAGCACUUGCAGAAGCAUGGGGUGGGGCCUUUGAUGUACAUGCCUGAGUGGUUCCUGUGCCUCUUUGCCCGCACGCUGCCCUUCCCCACGGUGUUGAGGGUCUGGGAUGCCUUCCUGAGUGAGGGAGUCAAGGUGUUGUUUCGUGUUGGUCUGCUGUUAGUCCGCUUAGCCCUGGGCUCCUCUGAAAAACUACGUGGCUGUCCAGGACUGGUGGAGACACUGGAGAAACUACGCAGCAUCCCACCUCAGUUUCUGGAAGAAGACAGCUUCAUGGCUGAGGUCCAUGAUGUGCCCAUCUCAGAGAGUGACCUGGAACGUGAAUGUAGAAUCCAACUGGGGAAACUGCGCAAAACUCAGCCUACAUUCCAGUACAACCCAAAGCAGCGCCUGUCUGGUGCAAAGGCCAUUUUUGACGUUCAGCAGCUGGAGGAUGCACAGAGCAAUAAGACAGAGAAGGAAAUUCAUGCACAUACUUUCCACAUCCCACAAAUCAAGGUAGACCCGCCCCCAUCACCCCCAAGGGAGCAGAAGAGGGCCUCGGAGAUGCACGCUCAGAAAAAAGAGCAGAAAAGGAAGAAGCCGGACACACGGGGAAAGACUUUCCAUGCCUUUGAGCAUCCCACGGGUAGAAGGGAGAGAAAGCUAGAACCAGAAGCUGCAAGGAGCAAGUCAUCUUUUUACUUGGAGGCAUGAUUCUCACUCAGGGCAGAGAAGAGAUGGAACUCUGAGAGAACAAUCAUGCAGCAUUUUCUCAUUGCCCUGCUCUGGUUAAUGGAUGAAUUCAGAAGUUUCGACAUAGCCUGAGUUGAAGGCAGUCUCGAAUUUCUAUGAAAAAAUUAAAUAAAAUAGGCUGGGUUUCCUAAUUUUAGGAGCUUCCUCUUUCUGAGGCCUUCAUCUACAACCCUGCUUGAAUUAAAAUAAGAUAUAGAUAAUCCCAUCCUACAUAUGUUUUGAGAUGUAGAGCUAUGAGUUAUAGAUAUUUUGUGUGAGAGUGUGUGUAGAGAUACGAUUUAGCGAAGCUUAGUGAAUUUCAAAGGGCAGAGCAAGUAGAUUUCAUUAAGUAUCCUUCUUCCCAUCACUCAGCUCCCAUCCUCAGUAAUUUUAACAUAGUGUCAGAAGGAGACCUCUUGAUAAUUUGGAAAUAUGUUAGCUCUCCAUUAACAGCUGCCUUAGACAGAAACUUUCUGCAGUUACAAUGGUAAUGAAAAAAUAAUUUUGUGAGAGCUUUUGCAGGUCCGUAAAGCAAACAAAAGCUGAAGUAAAAUUGUAAAAUUGUGAUGUUUUACUUAGUGACUGCUUUGUUUAACGACCAGUUUGCUGGUCCCAAUUCUGGUCACUUAACAAGGACUACUUCUUUGCUAUAUAUUUUCAUCUAUUUUUGCUGUGGAUGCUGUAACCUAAAGUCCAGGCCUGGCAAUGAGGACAAAAAGAAGAGAAGUCAUCUAAGAUCUUGGAUGAAUGAAAACUAAUUUGAAAUACAUUGUAUUGCUCCAGGCUUUGAAAUACAGUAUUUGGCACUUUGAUUCUAAGGGGGUAAAAUUUAUUGCACAUGUAUACGUAAAACAGAUCUAAUUCAGUAAAAUUAUAAAAAAUGUGAUUUUCCUAUAUCCAUAAAAAAAACAGAAAAUUGUUCUGAUUCAGAGUUGCAAAGGGGAGUGGGGGGAUUGUAUAAUUAUUUGGUUCCAGGAAAAGAUUGUUUUAAAUUGAACAAACUGAAGAAAAUAGAGAAAGGGUGAAUCAAUUAGUGGUUAAAAGACCUAAUCAUAAUAAUUACAAUUUUU